AUGUAUUUGUUUGAAAGUCAGAGUUUGGGGCUGCUGGUUGCAUUAAUUGGAGUCGUUUGUUGCUCUGAUGCUUGGCAACAGUUCAGAGGGCAGCGCGUUCCAUGGAGGACAGCGGAACCCAAGGAUGAAUCACAGUUCCGAGCGCUUGGCGUGCAAAGCCUUUCCCCCUUGCGGUCUGUGAUGGUGGAGUGUGGGGAAGAGAACUUGUUGGUUGAGGUUCACUUGGAUUUAUUUGGAACUCGGCAUCUGGUUCAAGCUGCGGAUUUAACAUUGGGAACAGCAAAUUGCCGGCUAACGGGGAUUUACCAAUGGAACUCGACUGCUGUCUUUAACUACGGUCUGCAUGAGUGUGGCACCAAAUUACAGAGGGUCGGAGAUUAUCUUAUUUACACAACCCAUCUGAACUACACCCUCGAGGCUCGCGGGGCGAUCACAGUGCGAACUAAUGGAGCAAUUGUUCCUAUCCUGUGCCGUUAUUUCAGUAAAGGCAACAUGAGCAGUGACCCGAUCCAACCCACCUGGAUCCCGUUCAGCUCCACCAAGUCAGGAGAGGGGCGUCUGUCAUUCUCCCUGCGUCUAAUGAAUGAUGACUGGCUAACAGAGCGCACCUCAGCCACCUACUACCUCGGUGAGCUCGUCCACAUCGAAGCUUCAGUUUCAAUGACUAACCACAUGCCCCUGAAACUUUACAUUGACCGCUGUGUGGCCACGUUGAGCCCGGACAAGGACUCCAUCCCGAGUUACGACAUAAUUGACUACAAUGGUUGCCUCUUAGACAGCGCAGCCGAACACUCCUAUUCUGCCUUCGCGUUGCCAGGAGCUGAACGCGAGCCGGACAAGCUCCGGUUUGACCUGGACGCUUUCCGCUUCUUUGGGGAUGACGAGCGUUCCUUGGUUUUCAUCACCUGCCUCUUGAAGGUUGCUGCAGUUGAGCGAAGUGAUUCUAUGAACAAAGCGUGUACUUUCCACAAAGAGCAGAAGAUUUGGACUCCAUUAGAAGAAGCGAGCGCUGAUGUUUGUGCAUGUUGUCGUGUGGGUGACUGCGCCACAAGGGGCGCUCUGUUUGCUACUGGAGGACGGAGGGACAUUGUACCCGAGGCUGAGAAUGAUGUUGGCGUGAAACGGGAGGGCGAGGCGUCGCUGGGACCCCUGCUCAUUCUGGACCCUGAUGUGAGCGGCCUGGCAACAGAGUCGCUGAAUGAGACUGAGGGGCGCGCAAUGAGGAAAUCGAGCGGGGGUCUGGAGUCGGAGGUGAUGCUCGCCGUGGCUCUGAUAGUGACGACUGCCUCUCUAGUCUCUGCUGUUCUGAUCAUCCUGUUCCUGUUCAGGAAAAACAAGCAAACUCUGUCAACUUCAAUUUAG